UUCACAAGUUGCAUGCAGACUUCAAGUCAUGAUUUUGUUAGGACUGCAGCUAUUAAAGAAAAAGCUGUACAAGCUGAUAUUCUUUGUUGGACAAAGAAUAGUUAAUAAAAACUAGGAAACUGUCAACAUAAGGUUUUGCCUGAGGAGCGCAGCCAAAAUAUUUUCUUAGGUCUGUCAUUACACCAGACCUGCCAAAGGGUUUCCAGCUUUUAUUGUAAUUGCAGGUAUGAGGUGACUACUCGGAUCCUAAAGUACCUGAUCAGUACAGGUCUACAGACAUAGACAGAAAUGCAACAUGCAGUACACAAGGUUGAGCAGUUGAACUAGGAUCCUUUGUGUCACAGGAUAACUCUGCAAGCAAAAUGUUAAAAUCAACAAUCAUGCUUACCUGGCGAGCGUGGGCCAUCUACAUGGUUCUAUCGGUAAACCUCUCUGAAGAGCAAGCUCUGAAGCAAGUUUGUCCUUCAUGCGAUGCCACUCAGUUUUGCAACUGUUCUUCCAGGGGUUUGGACUUCAUUCCCUCAGGGCUCACGGGUGAAAUCAGGGGCUUAAACCUGGCCCACAACAGGAUAAAGCACAUUCGAGCACGCGAUCUGCAGCAGGCUGUGAACCUGAGAGUCCUGCUACUGCCAUCAAAUGAAAUCAGCUCAAUAGAGGAGGAUUCGUUUCGUUCCCUUGCAAAACUGGAGCUCUUGGACUUAUCAAAUAACAGCUUGGCUCACUUGUCCCCUGCGUGGUUUGGGCACCUUUUUUCACUGCAGCAGCUCAACAUUCAAGGAAACACCUACAGCGACCUGGGGGAAAGUUCCCUCUUUUCUACCCUGAGCAACUUGAGCUCUCUCUACCUGGGCAAUCCGCAGUUCUCCACGAUAAGGCAAGGAAACUUUGAGGGCAUUACGCUUCUUGAUGAGUUGUGGAUUGACGGCAGCAAUCUCAGUCAGUAUGAGCCAGGAAGUCUGAAAUCAGUUAGGAAGAUACAUCACAUGAUCAUCAGCCUAAAAAGGGUGGACGUAUUCUCAGAGAUUGUAGGGGAUCUUCUGCACUCCGUCGUAUGGUUAGAAGUUAGAGAGAUCAAAUUAGAGAUUGAGAAAAAAAGUUUAGCACAAAAUUCUACACUUCCUUUAAUGAUGCAGAAAAUUACAUUUAAAGAUGUUAUGUUCACAGACGAAUAUAUUAGCCCAAUAAUGGUACUCUUGAAGGAAAUAAAAUCUUUGCAAGAUAUAGAGAUAAUAGAUUGUGUACUUGACGGGACUGGAGUGUGGCGUACUGAAGAAACUGCAAGCAGUGGUCCAAGUUCUGUUGAAACAAUAUCAAUUACAAAUAUAACAAUUCAGAAUUUUCAUUUGUUUUUAGACCUGAAAAGUGCAGAGUCACAAGUAAAGGACCUGAAAAGACUCAGAAUUGCAAGUUCUAGAGUUUUCAUGGUACCAUGCAACCUUGCAAAGCAUUUUUCAUCACUCGUAUAUCUUGAUCUUCAUGAUAAUUUGCUUGUAAACAAUCGCUUAACUGAGACAACCUGUGAAGGUGGUUGGCCUUUAUUGCAGACUUUAAAUCUAAGUCAAAAUUCUCUAAAAUCUCUAAAACAGACUGCAAAAAAUUUAAGUCAUCUAUCCAAGCUCAUUAAUCUUGAUAUCAGUCAAAAUAAUUUUGGUGAGAUUCCAGACACGUGUCAAUGGCCAGAAAAUCUGAAACAUUUAAAUCUGUCCAGCACUCAAAUUCCUAAAUUAACAACCUGCAUUCCUCUGACCCUUGAAGUUUUGGAUGUCAGCGCUAAUAACCUGAAGGAGUUUGGGCUGCAACUCCCUUUCCUCAAAGAGCUGUACGUUGCGAAAAACCAGCUGAAGACCUUGCCUGAUGCUGCACCCAUUCCUAACUUGGUGGCCAUGACAAUCAGGAGAAACAAACUCAACAGCUUCUCCAAGGCAGAGUUUGAGUCCUUUAGGAAGAUGGAGGUGCUGGAUGCCAGUGACAAUAACUUUAUCUGCUCCUGUGAAUUCCUCUCCUUCAUUCAUCACGAGGCUGGAAUAGCCCAAAUCUUAGCGGGGUGGCCGGAAAACUACAUCUGUGACUCUCCCCUGACAGUGAGAGGGGAGCAGGUCGGAGCUGUACAUCUCUCACUGAUGGAGUGCCACAGAUCCCUCGUUGUGUCGUUAAUCUGUGCGCUGGUGUUCCUGGUCAUUCUCGUCCUUGUGGUUGUCGGGUACAAGUAUCACGCGAUCUGGUACAUGAGAAUGACCUGGGCAUGGCUUCGAGCCAAGCGGAAGCCCAAGCAAGGUCCCCCAAAGGAUAUUUGCUAUGAUGCUUUUGUCUCCUACAGUGAGAAUGACUCUGACUGGGUGGAAAACAUCAUGGUGCAGGAGCUGGAGCAGGCCUGUCCUCCCUUUCGACUGUGCCUCCAUAAGCGGGACUUUGUGCCUGGGAAGUGGAUUGUGGAUAACAUCAUUGACUCCAUAGAGAAAAGCCACAAAACGCUGUUUGUGCUGUCGGAGCACUUUGUGCAGAGCGAGUGGUGCAAAUACGAGCUGGACUUCUCGCACUUCCGCCUCUUUGAUGAGAACAACGAUGCGGCGAUUCUCAUCCUCCUGGAGCCCAUUCAGAGCAAAGCGAUUCCCAAAAGGUUCUGCAAACUGCGGAAGAUAAUGAACACAAAGACCUACCUGGAGUGGCCUCCUGGAGAGGAACAGCAGCAGAUAUUUUGGGAAAACCUGAAAGCAGCCUUAAAAUCAUAGAACAAGUCAGUAAUCCCUGUUCCAGCAUGUUUUCACAAAGGUUAUGUCAAGAUUUUUCCUGUUAAGAAAUGUUUAUUUUCUUUUUCUGCUUAAUGAGGCCUGGCUUUGCUGUAUAUAGAAAUAAUUAUCUUCAUGCUGAAUGAAAAUGACCAACUGCAAGUUUUCCAGUGUUGUUGAGACUCUGGUCUUUCCAAAUUCCGGGCAAUAACUGUGACAUUGGUAAGACAACUGGACUUGAAACUUUUCUAAAUACAUUUAUCUGAAUUCAGUGUAUUUCUGGAGUUAUUUCUCCUGUUACCACAUCUCCAAACAGUUCCUAUCAAUGCCGUUCUUUUUUACAAUGGAAAAUAAAAGCAAAGUACCUCAA